AUGAAUAAAGAAAUUUUAAUCGAUGUCGGUUCACAGUUGGAACAUAUACGUACGUAUCCACUGCUUGAUACAUGUCAUUAUUUGUUAGCAGCAUUACAAGUUCGGGAUGAUAUACAACAACAUCAACCAGCAACACAAAAUUUUACACGUCGUCAUCCCUUAUCAUGUUGGUUAUCAACAAUGUUACUUUGUUUUUCUGGUUCAAUUUUAUCAAAUUUUUUACUUGGUGAAAGUCCAAUAAAAGAUUUUGCUCAUCAUCAACAUCUUUUACUAGCAACAAUAUGUUGGUAUCUUGUAUUUUAUUCACCAUUUGAUAUAAUAACACGUUUAUUACGAUUUAUACCUAUACGAAUAUGUGUUGGUGUUGGAAAAGAAAUUCAACGAACAAAAAAACUUUUCGAUGGAGUUCAUACAACAUUAGCUAUUUAUCCUGAUGCCUAUAUUAUUGUCAUUAUUAUUGGAGCUAUAAAAGGCUGUGGUGGAUCAAUUAUGUCAUCAAUUGAUCGAUUUAUUCGAGGUAUUUGGUUACCUACACAACAUGAAUUUCUUUUUCCAACUUUUGCAACAAAAGCUUGUUUUAUAUCUGCAACAAUCUUUUUACUCGAACAUAUUCGUAUAAUACGAUUUGAACGUGAAUUAAUUUAUUUAUGUGUUGCUUCAAUGUUUAUAUAUGUACGCCUAAUUACAAUAUUUUUUAAACAAUAUGAUCCUUUAAUGCCAUUUGAAAAUCUUUCAUCUGGUUUAUUAUUCAAUAGUUGGUCAGAAACAAUUUCUGAUGCAUAUCGACGCGCAACAGUUGCUUCGUCGCCGACAAGUACAACAAAUAUAUCAACACCGCAACAAGCAACAAUAAUACCGGCUGCUCUGACACCACUCACAGCAACAACAACAUUGAUGGUUUCGAAAAAAGAAACAAACAAUCCUGAUGGACAAAUGAAAGGACUUGAUGUGAAAAAACGAGAUUAA